UAGAUCAGUGACUACUUUGUCAUAGAUGCGAUUAUAUUCAAUCGUAGACGGUGGCAAUUUUUCUGGGAGAGUUUUGUCAAUUGCAUAUACCGCAUAUUUAUAAUUCAUACAAAAUUUUACCAUUUCUGUAAUACGUGAUUACAAACGUACAAAGUGGGGAAAAUGUGGUAUGUUUGGAGCACUCUAUCACAGUUCCAAUCUAAUUCAAUUUUAGGGUUCUAUGCAGUUCUCAGAAUUUUGGAAAUAUGUUUUUUAUAAUUCAUGUCUGACACGCAUUUUUAACUAGAAAUCUGGGAAAGUAAAUUGGCAUCACUGCACAACUUCUGCGAGUACACAUCGAGUAAGGGAAAUCCUAGUCGUUUAUCCGAUUUGACUUGUCAAAGUCAAAUCGAUGUGACGUUUUGUCUUUGAGCUGCGAAAGGGGGUAGUUUGCAGCCUUUUUUAACAUUUUCCAAUUUACAAUAAAAUCCUCGACAGCCACUCCAAAAUGUCUAAGCUCAUUGCCCAAGCCCCCGUUCUCGCCAACAAGCUCCUGGCCGAAGCCAAACCGAAACUGAACGUGUUUAUGAAGUACGCCAAGGUAGAAUUAACGCCUCCAACUCCCGCAGAUAUACCCCAGAUCAGAGCGGGCAUUGGCAGCAAAAAAUGGCUCCUGGAAAAACCUGACAGUAAAAGAGGCCUGGUUAAACACCCUAGUAGGCAUUGA